AUGAGUGGGAGACUACUCUCCCGCAGCUCCACGCUGCUGUCCCGGAGAAGCGCUUUACUUGCCCGCCAGCUCCAUCACGGAGGCGGCCUGCAGUCCGGCGGGCUCCUACGCACCCACGGGAAUGGGUACUAUCUACGCGCACGCCUCCCAUCGGCUGCCCGGCAGAACUGGAUACAUAAUGUCCCCGCCGUGCGAACGAUUUCGUUUGCGCGGGUUAUCCCGAAGUUGGCCGCAAAGUUUGUGCGGAUUCCGGCCAUGUUUGGAGGGGCGAUGAUUGCAGGGUUGGCGUAUAUACAAUAUCAAGCCGCUCAAGCGGGGAAUUAUGCCUUGGACCUCGUGAAGACGGCGAGCGAAGCGGCUGGGGGGUUCGCGUCUGGUGCUUUGUUGGGGAUCCAGGGAAUAGCAGAGCAAACUCAGAAAGGAUGGCAGAGGACUACGGAAGGUGUCGAACUACCCGAAUGGGCACAAAAGAUGCUUCGAUUGGACGAAUACGCGCGAUCGGAACGUGAAGGCGGCGGAUCUUCCGGUAGCGGUGGAGCGGGUGGGAGCGGAGGCUCACCGAAACAAAGUAGAAUCGGUGCGGCCGGGGUGGCCGGUGCUGCAACGGGCUCCGCUUUGGCAUACGACGAAGCGGACAAUGAGGCGGCAGAAGGACGACGGGCCGUGGACGAACAGAUGAUGACACUGACGCGGAAAAUGAUUGAAAUCAGAAAUAUGCUUCAACGAAUUGGCCAAUCCAAUUCUCUCACCCUCCCGUCCAUCGUUGUUAUCGGAUCGCAGUCUUCCGGCAAAAGUUCAGUUUUAGAGGCAAUUGUUGGACAUGAGUUUUUACCCAAGGGUUUGAAUAUGGUGACGAGACGACCGAUUGAACUGACGCUUAUCAAUACGCCCAACUCCCAAGCGGAAUAUGGGGAAUUCCCAGCCCUUGGUCUUGGAAAGAUAACCGACUUUAGUCUUAUACAGCGCACCCUAACCGAACUGAACUUGGCUGUACCGGAAAAAGAUUGCGUCGCGGAUGAUCCUAUUCAACUUUCAAUAUACUCGCCUCACGUGCCUGAUCUAUCAUUAAUUGACCUGCCCGGUUAUAUUCAGGUUGCUGGUCGCGAUCAACCGAUGGAGCUCAAGCAGAAGAUUUCUGAUCUUUGCGACAAAUACAUCCAAGCGCCCAACAUCAUUCUCGCGAUCUCUGCAGCCGAUGUUGAUCUGGCAAAUUCAACAGCGCUGAGAGCAAGCCGCAGGGUUGACCCUCGUGGCGAACGCACAAUCGGCGUCAUUACCAAAAUGGACCUCGUUGACCCAGAUAGAGGAGCUAAUAUACUUACUGAUAAAAAGUACCCUCUGCGCCUUGGAUACGUCGGGAUCGUUUCUCGCAUUCCCACAACUUCAGGGUUAUUUUCAAGAGGGACGGGAAACAUCACCACUGCGAUUGUCAAGAACGAAAAUGCCUAUUUUAGCAACCAUCCUCAGCAGUUUGGUCCGGGUUCUGAUGUCUCGGUUGGCACUACGACGCUGCGAAAGAAACUGAUGCGUGUUCUGGAGCAGACCAUGGCAUCUAAUCUGGCUAGCACACGAGACGCCGUGUCUCAGGAACUGGAGGAAGCAACGUAUGAAUUCAAAGUACAAUACAACGACCGACCUUUGAGCGCAGAAUCGUAUCUUGCGGAAAGCCUAGAUAGCUUUAAACAUUCGUUUAAAGAGUUUACAGAAAACUUCGGCCGUCCACAGGUGCGAGAAUUGUUGAAGGCGCAUUUAGAUCAGCGCGUGAUGGAUAUCCUCGCCCAAAGAUACUGGAAUAAACCUAUCGAUGAUCUAACGCCACCUCUUCCUGAUCCUGACCCUCUGGCAGAGCUUCCACGCGCAGACCCCGAGUCUCUUUACUGGCACCGCAAGUUAGAUGCUUCUUCGUCAGCAUUGACAAAGUUGGGAAUCGGACGAUUGGCUACAACCGUCGUAGCAAAUGCCCUGCAGAAUCACGUUGAUGAUCUAAUCGCGUCGUCCACUUUUGCGUCUCACCCGUAUGCCCAAAAGGUCAUUGGAGACGCCACCACAACCAUUUUAAAUGAUCGAUUCUUUAGCACCAGUGAUCAGGUUGAGAAUUGCAUCAAACCAUACAAAUAUGAGAUCGAAGUUGACGAUUUUGAAUGGACCAAGGGGCGAGAGAGCAUCGGAAAGUCAUUAAAGGAGGAGCUGAAAGCCUGCGAGUCGGCGUUGAAGCAUGUCGAAGACUCGGUAGGAAAGCGCAAACUUCGAGAUGUGAUGAGCUUUGUCGACAAAGUGCGAAAAGAAGACGUUCAGAUUGAAGGCGAUGGCAGUGCGGGAGCAGGCGGAUUUAGUGCCGCCCUCAUCCAGAAAGGUCGAGAGGGUGUUUUCCUACGUGAUAGAGCCGACAUCAUCAAAAUGCGCCUCAUGGCCAUUCGAUCGAAGCAAUGUGCAUCCCAAAAGAACAAAUACUAUUGCCCGGAAAUAUUCCUGGACGUCGUCGCCGACAAACUCACUGCCACUGCCGUUCUUUUCCUCAACGUAGAGCUCCUUUCCGAGUUCUACUACCAUUUCCCUCGUGAACUAGACUCGAGGCUUGGCCGCCACCUUUCCGACGCGGAAGUGGAGCGUUUCGCACGCGAAGAUCCGCGCAUUCGCCGACACUUGGAUAUCAUCCAGAAGAAAGAGAUGCUUGAAUUAGUACUACAAAAGAUCGAGAGCCUAAGGCAAUUGGAAGGGCGCAGCAAGGCGAAGUCCCAACGAGGCCCAAUUUCGAAAGAAAGGGGCAAGGGCUGGCGCCUGUUUUAG